AUGGGAAAGGAUGAUUAUCUUCCUCUCUUUGAAACCAAAGUAGCAAAGGGACGAUUACUCCACAGGUUAUAUGCAGUUACUAUGUUUCUUGGCAUACUUUUCAUAUGUGUUUACAGAGUCAACCAUUUUCCAGCACAAGGAGAACUGAAAAGAUGGGCUUGGAUUGGUUCGUACAUGGCCGAGUUAUGGUAUAUUUUGUAUUGGCUGAUCACUCAGUCAGUUCGAUGGAGCCCCGUAUAUCGUUCCACCUUCAAAGAAAGGCUCUCUCGGAGAUAUGAAAAGGUUUUGCCAGGAAUAGACAUAUUUGUGUGCACGGCUGAUCCGGUGCUAGAGCCACCAGUGAUGGUGAUAAACACCGUGCUGUCAGUAAUGGCCUACGAUUACCCACCGGAGAAGCUGAAUGUUUACCUUUCAGAUGAUGGGGGUUCAGAAUUGAUGUUUUAUGCUCUAUUGGAGGCUUCCCAGUUCUCCAAGAUCUGGCUACCGUUUUGUCGGAAAUUUAAAGUGGAACCACGCUCACCUGUCGUUUACUUCUCUUCAGCCGUUGAAACACCAGUGGACAAUGUUAUCUUUGCCAAAGAGUGGAGGACCAUUAAGAACUUAUUUGAAGAAAUGAAGGGACGGGUCGAUGUCGCAAUGAAGCUAGGUCGAGUACCUGACGAGCUAAGGAAACAACACAAGGGGUUUCGAGAGUGGGAGUUGGGUGCAAGCAGACGUGAUCAUCAGACUAUUCUUGAAAUACUAAUUGACGGGAGAGACGGCAAUGCAGUGGAUGUCGAGCAAAAACCUUUGCCAACUUUAGUAUACAUGGCACGUGAGAAGAGACCUCAAUACCAGCACAACUUUAAAGCAGGAGCGAUGAAUGCCUUGAUAAGGGUGUCAUCAAGGAUAAGCAACAGCAAAAUUAUUCUUAAUGUGGACUGCGAUCAAUAUUCGAACAAUUCAGAAUCAGUGAGAGAUGCAGUAUGCUUUUUCAUGGAUGAAGAGAUGAGUCACAAUAUUGCAUAUGUACAAUAUCCACAAUACUUAAAUAACGUCACAAAGAAUGAUGUUUAUGGAAAUCUUUUAAGAGUAAUCAAUGAGUUGGAGUUUCCAGGCGCAGAUGCAAACGGAGGACCCUUGUAUAUUGGCAGUGGUUGUUUUCACAGAAGAGAUGCUCUUUGGGGGGAGAAAUAUGACAAAGAAUCCAAAAUUGAUUGGACGAAGGAGAAUGGGAAAGUACGGGUGAAAGAAAGUGCGAAUGUGCUUGAAGAAACGUGCAAAAUCCUUGCAGGGUGUAGCUAUGAAGAAAAUUCCCAAUGGGGCAAAGAGAUGGGACUAAAGUAUGGAUGUCCUGUAGAAGAUAUCAUUACAGGAAUGUCAAUACAAUGUAGGGGUUGGAGAUCCGUUAGCUUCAAUCCUGAGAGACGGGGCUUCAUGGGAGUAGCUCCUACAUCGCUCUUGCAAUCACUAGUUCAGCAUACAAGAUGGUACGAAGGUCAUAUUCAGAUCUUUAUGUCAAAAUACUGCCCUUUAUUCUAUGGCCAUGGUAACAUCCCUCUACAAUUACAAAUUUCAUACUGCUGCUACAAUCUAUGGGCAGCAAACUGUUUGGCUACACUAUUCUACGUUAUCGUCCCGCCUCUCUGUCUUCUCAAAGACAUCACACUGUUUCCACAGUUAUCUAGUCCUUGGGUUCUACCAUAUGCAUAUGUCUUCAUAGCAAAAUACUCUUACAGCCUAGGAGAGUUUCUUUGGUCGGGAGGAACGUUAAAAGGAUGGUACAAUGACCAAAGGAUGUGGCUGUAUAAGAGACUUACUUCUUAUCUAUACGGAAUCUAUGGAACAGUCCUCAGAUCCUUGGGUUUUUCAAAGUUAAGUUUUGAUAUCACUUCAAAGGUUGCUGAUGAUGAUGUUUCAUUGAGAUAUGAACAAGAAAUUAUGGAAUUUGGUACUGUUUCAUUCAUGUUCAACAUCUUAGCAACAAUUGCACUUUUAAACCUGUUGGCCUUCAUAUGGAUUAUGGCAAGACUGAUCAUUAACACCCGAACUAAAGAGGCAGAUUCUUAUGCUUUGCAGAUGAUUUUGAGUGGGUUAGUGAUUGUUAUUAAUCGUCCAGUGUACGUAGGACUGUUUUUCAGGACGGACAGGGGUCGUAUGCCAUCUUCCAUCACUUACCAGUCACUUAUUUUAGCUACAUUGGCCUGUUUAUUAGCUUUGUAA